CUGGGAUUUGUGUUAUUAUUAUUACUACCACUAUUAUUCCUAAUAUUUUUUCCACCUUUUCUCCUUUUAUUCAUCAAGUUUUGCUUUUUACUUCUUUUUUUUCUUCUUUUUUUUUUCUUCUUCUUCAACUCCAAAGAUAAAACGAGGAGUGGGAGGGGAAAGAGAGGAAGAGAGGUUAAUCAAUUGGUGUGAUGGCGAGGAAAACACCCACCAUCGUUGAUCUCAUUUCAAAACAAUUUGUUUUGAUUUGAUUUGAUUUCUUUCAUGUGGGUGUCAAUGUGCUACAUGGAAGAAGAAGCUUGUUUUGGCGCGCGCAAAAUUUUGUUCAUUAAUGUUCUUUUCCAAAUUUAAAAGGAGUUCUUUACAAGAAUUUCUUUCGGAAAAUUCAUAAUUUUUCCGAAACUCUUUCCUCUGAGCCGGGCACCACCACCACCACCACCGUAUUUCUUAAAUGGCCCCUCCUAAUCUUAACACGUUCAGGCUUUAUCAACUAUGGAAGGGUAACAACAAAUUCUUAUGUGGUGGGAGGUUAGUGUUUGGCCCAGAUGCUGCAUCACUGUUCUUGACAUCAUUCCUAAUUGGAGGCCCAGCAAUCACAUUCUGCAUAAAGAUGUUGCUAAUGAUGGCCACAGACCCUGCUUUCAGCUACCCUAUACUUGUUGGUGGAUGGGUCCUCCUAGUUAUGAUACAGGACUUUGCAUUCUUGUUCCUGACAUCAAGCAGGGAUCCAGGGAUCAUCCCAAGGAACUCGCACCCGCCGGAGAUGGACGAGUCGAUGGACAUGACCUCGACGUCGAUGGAAUGGGUGAACAACAGGCUAUCAAACUUCAAGCUCCCCAGGACAAAAGAUGUGUUUGUGAAUGGUUACAGUGUGAAAGUGAAGUUCUGUGACACUUGCUUGUUGUACCGUCCCCCUAGGGCUUCCCAUUGCUCCAUAUGCAACAAUUGUGUCCAAAAGUUCGACCAUCACUGCCCAUGGGUGGGCCAGUGCAUUGGAUUGAGGAACUACCCAUUUUUCAUAUGCUUCAUAUCAUCAUCGACCAUGUUGUGUCUAUACGUGUUUGUGUUCUCAUGGAUCAACAUCAUCCGCCAACAAGGACCCUUGUGGAGUGUUCUUUCCAACGACAUCAUCUCCCUAAGUUUGAUAAUCUAUUGCUUCAUUGCCGUUUGGUUUGUUGGGGGACUCACUGUUUUCCACUUCUACUUGAUCUCCACUAACCAAACGACUUAUGAGAAUUUUCGAUAUCGAUAUGACAAGAAGGAGAACCCGUUCAGAAGAGGGUGCCUACAAAAUUUCAAAGAAGUGUUUGUGUCGGACAUUCCACCAUCUGCGGUGAACUUCAGGGAGUGGGUGGCUCCUGAGGAGAUCUCCAGUGAUUCAGUGAGGAGUGUGAGCAUGAAUGAGCAUAAUACGUUAAGGGGAUCCAAGGAGAAAUUUGAUUUGGAAAUGGGAGGAGAUAAGCUUGGAAAGGAAGGGACUAAGCUCCCAGCCAUUUUGCAGAAUUUGAAUUUCAAUGAUGAUGAUCAUGAUGAUGAUUUGAAGAGGAAAGGGAACACUGAUGGUGGAGUUGCUACUUUCGAUCCUUAUAAUGGUUUGUCAAAUCACCAUGACUUGCAACAUAAGAUCAUGAAUGCGGGAUCAACUCUUCACGAACAACCUACACGCUAGAUGAAAGUUUUUAAUAAGAGCUAUAAUCUAUUAAUCAGGAUCCAUAUGCAACAUGGCAUUGAAGCAAUACCCUCAAGACUCCACCAUCCAAAUCUAGUUGAAGAUUGUGUAAUUCGAAAUGAGAGAAAUGAGGUGGAGCAGAUCAAAUGAGGCUUUGAGAUGUCAAAUUGAGAGGUGGUAAAAGAUUCAGAAUGGAAAUGUGUGGAUGCGAUGUAUAAAACAUUUUGAAAGAGUUAAAAUUAGCAUAUAUUUGAAUUCCUUUCUUUUGUCCCAUCCUUGCUUCCACACCAACUCCUUAUCUUUUGGAGUUGAAAUUUGUGUCAAAACCGAAGUAAAAAGUACAAAGAGGAAACACAAGGACUAGAAGAAGAAAAAUAAUGCAAUUAUAACUUGAAUCAUGGUAUCAUCACAUAGCUUCGUUAGAUUACAACAUUGUUAAGAUCAAAAGGUGUAAUUUUUAGUUUAUUUUCAUAAUGUGCUUAUUCUCACUUUAUAAUGAUAGACUAAUUUUUUUUGGUAAUUUUGUACGGAAUAGGGG